AUGACGCGCAAUAUAGAUAUUUAUAAAGAUUUAAUUCGAACUCUAAACCUAACGAAAGAUGAAACUCGAAUUAAAAAGAAAGCAGCUGAAAUCUCAAAUCAAAUUGAUUCAAAGAUUGGAAAUGUUACAGUUUUAAAGAAUUGGUCGAUUUGUAAACCUAUUUAUUCUAUUCAAAUUUCAUGUGAAAUAUUACGCAUUAAAUUUGAUCGGAAAAACUUCAUUAUGUUAGCAAAUACCAAAGAACAAGAUUAUUAUUCAUCACUCUCAUAUAUUAAAAAAAUUCUUGGGAUUUCUUCAUCAAUAACGUUCGAUUCUUUAGCCUCGAGAUUUGGAUGCCCGAGAAUUAUUCCGUAUGUGGAAAAUAUGCUAGAAAUUUUCAAAAAAGAAUGGUGUAAAGACUUAAGCGCAGCUGGUAAACGAGGAAUAAAUUGGAAUGAUGAUAUUUAUAAAGUUGCAGUAUUUUGGUGUUGCAGUAAAAUUGUAGGGGGGCAAGGUCGGAUUAAUCAAGAAGAAUUAAUUAGUUCACCAGAUUUUUCUACAUCUCAUCUCGAAUUUCAACGUACUACGAAAUUUGUGGAAAAAUAUUGUAAAUCAUAUAUUAAUGAUCUUAAAUCCAAAAUCAAAAAAGGGGAACUUAAUAUUGUAUUCAUAAAGUCAUAUUCUUCAAAGCGAAAAAACAUUGAAGAAGAAAAUAUCAAAAUAAGUAAAAAAAUAAGAGAAACAUCCGAUGAUGAAUCACCUAAAAGUACAAAGACUAUUAAUGGAAUAAGG